UCUCAGUGCAAAAAUUCUAAAAUUUAAAUGUCUUUAAAUUUUGAGAUCUUACAUCACAUUAAAGUAUCAGUAUUUUACUUAAUUUUAUCCAAUUUGAGACGAUAUACACAUCUCUUCUCAUUAUUCGUAUAUUUUGUCCAUCAUGUAUAUGAUUUACAGAAUAAAAUAUGCAACUUAGUGGGAUACUUUAACUGGUGGGAGAGUAAAGUGAAGUUAGUAGUUUUGCGCAAACCGACUAUAAUCUUUCGUGAAACGAACGAUAAGGGUUACUUUUUUUCAUGUACUACCACCAGAUGGUGCUAACAAAUGAAUCUAGUUCCAUUUAAUAGUAAAUAAUCGGUUGGAUUGGUUGAAUCGCUGUUUUAAAAAAAUUUUGAAUAAAUGAAUGCGGUUUAUGGGGAGAAAGAUUGGUUAGAAUGAAAAUAACCGCCGUUGACGGCAAAACGGUAACGAGCGUGCGUAUAAAAUUCAAAGAUGUCAGAACGUGUUUAAACUGUCGUUAUUAUGGAAUUGAUAAUGGAAGAUUUUAACGACGGUGUGGAUGGUAAAUUGGCUUUUAGAAUGCGAAAAGUCAAUCCAGAACAAUUUCAUACUCUCGUCAAAAUGCAUUUGUCUUUUGAACUAGAUCUCAAUACCGAAGAUGACUGCAUCAAUGAGAAGACAAAAUUAAAAAAAUGGGGUCUCUUAAGUUUUUCAAAAAAACCAAAGUCAACAAUUAAUUUACAAAAAGGUAUGGAAGGAGCUAGCUUAUCUGAAGAUGGAAUAAAUCAUAUGAAACAAUUAAUAGAUUAUCUGUCUAAAGAACAAAAUAUCAUCCAAGAAGGUAUAUUUAGGCGUACUGGCAAACUAACUAGACAGCAAGAUUUAAAAACUUCAUUAUAUCAAGGAGUUCCAUUAAACCUUAAUGAUGGCCAAUAUAGUGUACAUGACUGUGCAUCAGUAUUAAAAGGAUUUUUGGCAGAAUUGCCAGAACCAUUAUUGUCAGAUUUGCAUUAUCCUGCUCACUGUCAAAUUGCUGAAUUAUGUAGCUCUGAAGUAAAUGGAAAUGAUGCAAGAUUAUUAAGGUCCUUACAAUUACUUCUGUUAUUAUUGCCAUCCGUGAACAGAAUUUUACUUAAAUAUGUUCUGAAUCUUCUCAACAAAACAGCUAGUUUUGAAUGUAGUAACAAAAUGAAUUGUGAUACCCUUGCUACGCUUUUUACCCCACAUUUAAUGUGUCCAAGAAAGUUAUCACCAGAAGCUUUACAUAUUAAUUCUCAAAAUUUAUCAUGUUUAGUUGCUUUUAUGAUUAAAAAAGGGAAUGAAUUGUUUGAAAUUCCACCAAAGUUGGCUACAGAUAUAAGGGCAUAUUGGGUAGAACAGGAAAGAAAGUUAUUAAGUCCCAAGAAAGUAGAUCUAAAUGAAUCUGUACCAGAUACAACAGGUACAGCACAUACUGUGUUUAGUUUUGUAGAUCACAAAUUAACAGCAAAAGCAAAUUCUACGCAAGAUACCCAAGCAGCUUUAGCACAACUUUAUGCUCACAUACAAGCUAUGCCAGAAUCAGCUAAAAAACGGAGGCUUGUAAAACAAUUUAACAAAGAAAAUGGUCAAGGUACACCUAGACAGGUCAAACACUUUCGAACAAAAAGUCUUGGGGAUUCAAUUAAAAAACAUAUAUUUCAGAAGAAAAUUUUAGGACAUAAAAAAUUUAUUGAUAUUAAUAUAGGUUGCAAUAUUACUAGAUCAAGCAGUGAAGAAAAUAUAUUGUCUACGGAUCUAGAAAAAUCAUUACUUCAAACGAAAAUGCUGCAUAGUAAAUCAGACGAUGAACUGAGUAUAGAAAAUUGUGAUACAAAUAAUGAGAGCCUUCUGCAUACUAAACAUAUUAGUAAUAGUACUGGUAGCCUUAAUAUUCCAACGUUAAGGAAUUACAGGGAAAAAAGAAGGGCCAUGUUAAUGAAAUUUGUAAAUAUAAAAGAAGAACAAUUGGAUAGUAAAUAUCAUAAUUAUAUUAUGGACGAACCAAGCAAAAGUUUUCAUGAAAAUUCAUAUACAGAUGAUUCUAUGCUUUCGAAUAUAAGUGAUGCAAAUAUAUCUUUGCAAGAAGAUUUUAAUAUUAAGGAGACAGAGCAAGAUGAUAAUACUGUGACUAACACUGCUAAACUAUCCAAACAUCUUAGUGAACCACCGAAUGUGUAUUCUCCUCAAACUACUUUGCAUGAAACCAAUGAAAAUCAGUCAGUUAGACAAAAUUUAGGAUCUACACUAAGAGCAGUUGAUGAGGUUUCCGCUUCUAAGUGUUUUGAAGAUAAUAUGAAUAUAUUGCAACAUACAGAGGCAGAAUCGCGUACUGAUAAUGCAUGCAAUUUAUCGCCUAUUGUGAAGAACAGACUAUGGAAUGUAUAUGUUGCUCAUACAUCAACACCAUCAAAUUUAUUACGCAAAAGCUUAGUUAAUAACGAUUAUAUAUUAACUCCUAUUACUAAUAAUGAUAAAAGCAUGAGUCCAAUUACACAAAGUGCAACUAAAAUGACCAAAGCUAUGCAGGAAACAAUGAUGACACCACGAUCAAGAAAACCAGUGAUGAUGGUUUCAGGAUCAAAUCUUUGCAAUCUUGCUACUGUUAAUAAUAGUUGGAAUCAACAUAGCAUAUCUAAUAAUAUACGUGGAUCAAAUCUUGAUAUUAUUGGUUCAAUAAAUUAUACUUCAAUUCUUGAAGAAUCACAAAAACGUAAUAAUACCGAUAGUGAAAUUAUAUAUGGAGAUAUUGUAAACGUAGAAGAUAAAGAAAACUUCAACAAAAAUGAAACAGAGAAACGGAAACUUAUUUCCCCAAUUGCAGAUGACUGUAACGCGGUCACACAGCAAAGUACUGUCUCUAUAACAAGUACAUUUAGAGAAUAUUUAUUGUCGAGAAGUGUAUUAACAGCAAGUCCCGUUGAUCUCAGUUUUACAUCACGUACGGGCGAUUUUGAACAAUCAGAAUCCGACUUAAACAUUUUAAAUGAAGAUGGUCUUUCUGAUAGUUUACUUUGUUGUUUAGACGGAAAUCAACCAGAAUCAGAUACUUCCGGUAUCAUUUCUGGUAGUACUAACAGUGCAAGUAAUUCAUUGGAAAAACAUGAAGAAGUUAUAAAUUCGCCAAGAAAGCGAGCAACAAGUUUACAACGUAAUGAUUCCAAAAGAUCGAUACGAGAAAAUAGAAUACCAAAAAGUAUACGUGAACAAGGUUUUAAACAUAAACAGUUGAGUGAAUCAACAUUAAAUUCAGUGAAAAUAAAAGAUGUAUUUCAAGAAACUUCAUUUUGACAAUGUGACGUAAAAUCGAAAGAAAAAUCAACGUAUUUCGACAUACUGUAUUAUAAUAUGUUGACUCAUUAUAUCAGUACCAAAAUAUAUUUUUCUUUUAAUUUAAUAAUAUUUUUAUAUCGUAACAAAUUAAAUCGAUAAUAAAGAAAUCUACGACACUGGUAGGUUUAUUUAUCAAUGAUAUACAGAAGUAAAAAUAAUUUGA